UAGAAUGAGCUUAACCAUUAUACCACAUACACGGUAGAUCUUGGUGAACCGCUGAAGGUGAAGAGUAACCUUGCUUCCAAAUUAACAGUAUAUCCGGCUCUCUGACGCCAGCUGCGCACAACAAAGUGACAGCAGAACAAGAGGACCGCUGCACUGAGGCGAAAGCAAUUUUUGAACGAAGGACUGUCUGUGUUUUAGGGACGGAAAAGAGUCUGCGUAAACCUUUCGAACGCAUCGGUUUAGAAAUACUGUAUAGUAGUCUUCUGUUUCUGUUUGACUAUAGCAGCUCUGGGAGAGAAUACUGUAUGAGAUGGCGGGCACUAGCUCCUCCCACCGCCAUGAGGCAGACCACAGCACAGGUUUCUACAACUGGUUUCAUGACGUCAUCGCAUCAUCUACAGGUGUCCCUGUGGCAGUACUUGUAACAGUUCUAGUGGCCUUCAGCUCGGAGGCUAUCAGCGCCUUCUACAACAGAGUACGGGACAGGCCUCUCUUUUGGCUUAG